CUCCAGUCCCAAGACAUGUCCUGCUACUCCCAGUGUGUGCCAUGCCGGCCCUGCGGCCCGACCCCUCUGGCCAGCAGCUGCAAUGAGCCCUGUGUCAGGCAGUGCCAGAACUCCACCAUUGCCAUCGAGCCCUCUCCCGUGGUGGUGACCCUGCCCGGACCCAUCCUCAGCUCCUUCCCGCAGAACACCGUUGUGGGCUCCUCCACCUCCGCUGCUGUUGGCAGCAUCCUCAGCUCUGAGGGCGUGCCCAUCACCUCGGGGGGCUUUGACUUGUCCGGCUUGGGCAGCCGCUACUGUGGCAGAAGGUGCCUGCCCUGCUGAAGCCGCUGGCCGUGGUCCGGGAG